AUGACGUGUUUCGAGGACUCUAAAAAGAAGAUGGCAGUGUAUUAUUUGGACAAAGACGCGGCAGAAUGGUGGGAGAGUAGGGAUCACCAAGUAGGACAUCUGGUCACCACUUGGGCGGCAUUCAAAAAAGAAUUUGAAUGCAAGUAUUUCACCUCGGAGUCCAAGCGAAGGCUUCAACGUCAGUUUGCUAACCUAGUACAAGGAGACAAGACAGUUAGAGGAUAUGAAUCUGAGUUCAUGCGACUGCGACGACACGUGCUGCGAGGACCAGAUGAUGAAGAAACCAUGAUAUCUAACUUUAUGUUUGGUCUGAAACCAGAUUUGGAAAAUAGACUGGCAGUCGGGAACUACGAGAGUCUCACCGAGCUAGUGGAAAAGACUGUGAAUGUGGAGAUCGGAUCGGAAGCUGAAAAGGCGGCAAGUAAGAAAUCCAAGCAGCAUCAAGCAGGGAAGUAUGGUGGAAACCAAAGAUCUUUUAAGGGUAAAGAUAAGGAAAAGGAAUCAGAAGGGCCAAGUCGACGAUCUUUGUUCACAGGAAAAUGCUUUGACUGUGGCAAGACAGGCCAUAAGUCCACUACGCCAAUCACUGUCCAUCAUCCUACAACUCCACCUGCAAUCGCACCAGCGCCAAAAAGGCAAGCAAUAGGAGGUGGAGUUUACGCUUUAGAACUAGAGGAUACUAAACCUCCAGCCCCAUCUAAGGGUCCCAUCACAGGAACUUUACAUGUUGCGGGGCAUCCCACACAUGUAUUGUUCGACUCAUGGGAAACACAUAGCUUUGUGGCCCCUGAGGUAGCUGCCGAGUUUGUGGGUUCAUUUGUGAUUGACAGGGUGGAUGUGGCUGUGAUGACUCCCGGAGACCAAACCCUCCAAGCAAAAGAAUGCCUCAGAAGAGUUCCGUUAGUCAUUUGCGAGAAGAUGUUCUUGGCAGAUUUGUUGGUGGUGCCCUUAAAAGGAUAUGAAGUUAUCUUGGGCAUGGAUUGGUUAUCAGGCUAUCGGGCACAAUUAGAUUGUGGAAAAGGUCGUAUUUUGUUCAAGGAGAACGGGCAACGACAAAUAGGGUUUUACGGGAUCAGUCCAAGCAAGUCUGUGUCUUUAGUAGCUGCCUUGAGAGUGGAAGAUUUGCUUAAGGAUGGAGAAGCGUAUCUGGUAACAAUAACUGCUAGUGAAGGGCCCACUAGCAACGGAGUUGAAAUUACGGAUAUUGCGGUAGUACAAGAGUUCAAGGAUGUGUUUGAAACGUUGAAAGAGUUACCUCCACCUCAGAGUAACCCUUUCACAAUUAACUUGGAACCUGAAGCGAAGCCGAUAACAAAGGCUCCCUACCACAUGGCACCUGCGGAGUUUGCAGAGUUGAAGAAACAACUUGAAGAUAUAAUGGAGAAAGGUUUCAUAAGACCUAGCUCUUCACCAUGGGGAGCUCCGGUCUUAUUUGUCAAGAAGAAGGAUGGUAGCAUGCGGCUUUGCAUUGAUUAUCGAAGAAUCAACAAUAUCACCAUCAAAGAUAAGUAUCCCCUUCCAAGGAUAGACGAGUUGUUGGAUCAGCUAAGGGGAGGAAGUUGGUUUUCAAAGAUCGACUUGGCGUUGGGCUAUCAUCAGAUUCCAAUUUCAGAAGGUGAUGUCAUGAAGACUGCAUUUAGAACUCGUUAUGGACAAUACGAGUUCGUAGUAAUGCCUUUUGGUUUUACUAAUGCACCGCCGGCCUUCAUGAGAUUAUCUCAACAAAUAGAGGUAGAGCACAAAGCACACUUGAAGCUAGUGUUGGAACGGUUAAGAAACCAGAAGCUGUAUGCCAAGUUCAGCAAGUGUUCUUUCUGGAAAAAAGAGAUCAGGUUCUUAGGGCACCGAGUGUCUGGAGAAGGAGUUUCUGUAGAUUCAGAAAAGGUGAAAUUCAUCGAGGAAUGGCAAAGGCCAUCAACGGGAAAAGAAACGGAUGAAGCAUUUCAGAGACUGAAGAAAGCUUUGACCACAACACCGAUAUUGGCAUUACCUGAACAAGGUAAACCUUACACUCUGUACGCAGAUGCUUCUAGGGUUGGGUUGGGUUGUGUGUUCAUGCAAGAAGGCAAAGUCAUUGCUUAUGCAUCAAGGCAACUCAGGAAGCAAGAAGAUAACUACCCAACACACGACUUAGAAAUGGCGGCAGUGGUGUUUGCGUUAAGGAUUUGGAGAUCCUACUUAUAUGGAGAAGUCGUGGAAGUAUUCACAUAUCAUAAGAGUCUCAAGUAUUUGUUUACACAACCUGAUCUGAACCUCCAACAAAGGCGAUGGAUGGAGUUUGUGGUGGAUUACGACCUGAAGAUUCAAUAUCAUCCAAGCAAAGCUAAUGUGGUCGCAAAUGCACUAAGUUGUAGAAAGUUAGCGUCCGAUGUUGGAAAGGAAGUGGAAGCAUUAUCAAGUGAACUCAAGUUGAUGACUUUAUGGGCAAUUGAAGGGGACCCAAGUGAGCCUUUAGGCAUACGUACCGUAAACCAGGCAGGUUUAUUCGCACGGAUCAGACAGGAGCAACAACGUGAUGAGAAGUUAAAAAGAAUCAUCACAGAAGUUAAAAAUCAAGAAGCUCCAAACGCAAGUGGCUAUCAUGUGGCAGCAGAUGAUACAUUAUUACUUAAUGGGAGGAUAUCAGUACCACAGCGAGAAGGGAUACGAGAUGAGAUUUUGAAGUCGGCGCAUCACUAG